ACGUCAUAAUCUCUGCCCUCCCCUUCAGAGCCGUGCCCCACGGCUCGGCGCAGGUCCCGCCCCUUUCCAUCUGCGGGGCGGCAGGAGGCCCGAAGCAAGAUGGCGGUGAAUCGGAGCCACACCGAGAACCGCCGCGGGGCCCUCAUCCCUAACGGUGAAAGUCUCUUGAAGCAGUCUCCGAAUGUGGAGCUCUCCUUCCCACAGCGAUCAGAAGGCUCCAAUGUCUUUAGUGGUACAAAGACGGGAACAUUGUUUCUCACUUCAUACCGGGUGAUUUUCAUAACUUCGCGCUCCAUCAAUGAUCCCAUGUUGUCUUUUAUGAUGCCAUUUGAUCUGAUGACGAACCUCACCGUUGAACAACCAGUAUUUGCUGCAAACUUCAUUAAGGGAACUAUUCAGGCAGCUCCAUAUGGUGGCUGGGAAGGACAAGCUACUUUUAAAUUAGUCUUCAGAAAUGGAGGUGCCAUUGAAUUUGCCCAGUUGAUGGUGAGAGCUGCCUCUGCUGCUGCCCGAGGAUUUCCACUUAGAACCUUAAAUGACUGGUUCAGCUCUAUGGGAAUUUAUGUAAUUACUGGGGAAGGGAACAUGUGCACUCCACAGAUGCCUUGUUCAGUUAUUGUCUAUGGAGCCCCACCUGCAGGAUAUGGAGCCCCACCUCCCGGAUACGGAGCCCCACCUGCAGGAUAUGGAGCCCCACCUCCCGGAUAUGGAGCCCCACCUGCAGGAUAUGGAGCCCCACCUCUCGGAUACGGAGCCCCACCUGCAGGAAAUGAAGGCCCGCCUGUGGGAUACAGAGCCUCACCUGCUGGAUCUGGAGCCAGGCCUCACGAAUCUACAGCAGCCCAGGCUCCUGAAAACGAGGCUUCUCUUCCCUCUGCCUCCUCUUCUCAGGUCCGUUCUUAACCUUCUAAGAUGUAAACCUUGAAGACUCACCAAGCAAAGAGGUACCCUAAAAUUGAAGUCAGGAUAAGGAGGAGGACUCAGCUUAGUCAUUGAUUGAUCUGCAUUGUGAAAAUUAGGAAACCAGAUGCUCCCAUGUUCUCAAGGACAGCCUUUCUUAAGGAAGUCAGUACGUGGGUAGUUCCUCUCCAUUGACAAGGAGAGGAAGAGAGGAGAGACUCAACCAACUAGAGCAGGGAUAAGGUUUCCCUUGUUCAACUUUUCAGUGUCUGCUGGAACGUGAUGAUUCUGCCCUCUCAGCUGUGCUGUUGGUCUGCAUCACCUCCAUCUCUUAAGCAUCUAUCCUAAUCCAAAUCUCAGGAUUUGGGUUUACCCAAAAGAUUACCUCAUUGUCAGGUAGGAAGUGAAACAUACGAUAUUCUUCCUGGCCUUUACCUUGAGAGUCUUCUGGAGCCUGAAGAGGGUGGGGCAGACAACCAUGGACUGCUAGAGAAUAAACUUUUUCUGAAGCUUCCUAAAUGGAUUGGAAAGAAGGGUUCUGUCAAAGGGAAAGGGUCUAUACAGAUGUGACUAGCAGUUUGAUUAGUUUAGAUGUAUGAUUUAGUAGCCAAUAUAAGAAACGUGUAAUUUUUAGUAAUUAGAAUUUAUUAUAAAUAAUAAAGCAAGGUAUUAAUUA